AGUAUGACUGCGCAAUGGACGCAUUGGGUGAUGCUGCGAGAAAGGAUCGGCUGAUCAGUGCCCCUUUGUACAUCGUUCCCGCCGCGACAGGCGCCGCGCAAGUGAUGGCUUCAUGGCAAACGGUCUUUCGUGGUAUUCAGGUAGCACAGGCAUCCGUCGCUGACCGCACAAGACCAACAGAAGGCGCCGACCCAGACGAGGAGGAAGAGAGGCUUGCGACACUGGUACCUGACACGCUCGUCCGCAUCCCCGUCGAUCAGAGCUAUGCGAGUGGGCAACAGGCAGGGCAGCAGCAGCAGGAAAGUGGAGAGGAGGCGUAAAGGGCGAUGCUCUCUGAAGUAGCCAGGGAAGAAGAUCAUCUGCCUCCUCGUGGCAGCGAUGAAGAUGCAGACUCGACCGCUUCACGGAUCUGAGCUGUCACAGAGACGGAUCUUUCCAGGAGCUGUCUCAAUAUGCGGAGGAGAUUGGACGGAGAUGGCUUCUCGUGUUGCUCUACUCGUCCCCGAAUAUACGCGCUCUGCCUCGGGCCAUUUCGUCUACUAUUGUACUAAUACACUCAUCAUCAUCAUUCUCGAGCCUGGAGCGAUGAGCCUCGAGCCAACGCUAUCCUGUCGCCAUUUUGACUCUGGCCGCGAUUUUGACUCUGGCUCGAGCUUCUAAUUCAGACCGAGCCUCACAUUG